AUGGCUUCCAUAUCCUCCUCAUCUUUCACUUGCCACUCCUCUCCUCUUUUCUCCGUCGCCAACGACGGCCCCCGCGCUCCUCCCUCCUCCGUCAGCUACCGGCCCCUCCGCGUCUCCGCCUCGUGCGCAUCGACGGUUGAAAGGCCGCGACCCCGCAUUGGAUCAAGCUCCUCACUGUACGACGUGCUCGGGAUUCACGCCGGCGCCACGUGCCAGGAGAUCAAGUCGGCGUACCGCAAGUUAGCGAGAGUUUUGCACCCGGACGUUGCGAAAUCAUCCGCGGACGAGUUCAUGAAAGUCCACGAGGCUUACUCCACUCUCUCCGACGCGCAAAAACGCGCCGAUUACGACCGCAAGAUGAUGAUCGGACGGCCGAGGACGGGCGUGGCUUCCUCUUACGCUUACGCGACAACAAUGUCGUCGUCGACUAGCCGGAGAUGGGAAACCGACCAGUGCUGGUAG